AUGGCCAACAGAGGAUAUGACGUUGUCGUCGAUGUCGACACAGAAGGCGACCUGGGUCACACUGAUCUUCAAGACGACGACCUAGAAUUCCAUUCUUCGAACUUCGACACGCGGCCUUCCAACCGCAAGAUUCCGGCAGACUCAACACCAUUUCUGUCCAACAGCAGCACAAAUCCCGCCAACCUACCGAAUGACCCCUCAGCCGUCCCCUCGAAGCGCAUGCUAUGGUCCAUAUCCUUCUAUGCGCAAUUCUUCGAUGUCGACACUUCCACCGUGCUGAACCGAUGCCGCACUGCACUGAUACCCUUCCUCCCGAAUACACCCCCGUUUCUCGAUACCUUGGACGGAAAUCCUGACUUGUACGGCCCCUUUUGGAUCGCAACCACCGUCGUGGUGAUUCUAUUCCUCACUGGAACCAUCAGUCACAAGCUGGCCUCGGAGGGAAAGAAACACUUUGAGUACGACUUCGGCCUUUUAUCUGGUGCGGCAGGCUUGAUCUACGGAUACACGCUGUUCGUCCCACUAGGACUGUGGGGAGCGUUGCGUUGGUUUGGCGCGCAGUCUUUGGAACUGGUCGAAUGCUGGGCGCUCUAUGGGUAUAGCAACCUGUUCUGGAUUGCAGUCGCCCUGGUUUCAUGGUCACCCUUGAACGGUCUGAAUUAUGCUUUGGUCGGGUUAGGCUACGCCGUCAGCGUAUUCUUCCUGGUCAAAAAUCUGUUCCCCGUGAUAAGCGCAACCGAGAAGAAAAUCAGCCAGGUCCUUCUUGUGGCCGUCGUCUUGUUGCACGCUGGAUUGGCGAUCGCUAUCAAGAUCUUGUUCUUCAGUCACAAGAGCCCAGCCAAGAGUGAUUAA